AUGGCCUACUCGGUAGUGGAAAGAGGCUCUCCUUACUCCGCGGACUACAGGGUGUACAUCCAGGACCAAAACGGUCCCGUGUCACCCCUACACGACAUCCCUCUAGUCGCCGACGCAUGCAAGAAAACCUACAACAUGGUGGUAGAAGUGCCCAGAUGGUCCAACGCCAAGAUGGAGAUCACCAUGAAGGAAAUCUUGAAUCCCAUCAAACAGGACAUCAAGAAAGGUAAACCCAGGUUCGUGGCCAACUGUUUUCCCCAUCACGGUUACAUAUGGAACUAUGGGGCGCUUCCCCAAACCUGGGAAAACCCCGAGCACCUGGAUGAUGGUACUGGUUGCAAGGGAGACAAUGAUCCCAUUGAUGUCAUAGAAAUCGGCUACAGGGUGGCCAAACGUGGGGAGAUCUUGAAUGUGAAAAUUCUAGGCACCAUAGCCCUCAUUGAUGAAGGUGAAACAGACUGGAAAUUGAUAGCUAUUGAUGUGAAUGAUCCCAUAGCAGAUCAAGUCAAUGAUAUACCUGAUGUUGAAAAGCACUUUCCUGGUCUGCUCAAAGCCUCAGUGGAGUGGUUCAAGAUUUACAAGAUCCCAGAUGGCAAACCUGAGAAUCAGUUUGCUUUCAAUGGAGAAGCUAAGCCAGCUGCUUUUGCUGUUAAGAUUGUUGAGGAGGUGCACAGAUUCUGGAAGGCUUUGGUGUCCAAGGAAGUGGAUGCCAAGGGCAUUUCUUGUGUAAACACUACCCUGGAGGGGAAUUCUUACAACAUUCCUGUCAGUGAGGCAAAAGAUAUCAUCAACAAAACUCCAGAAUAUAGUUCUCCUCAAGCUGUAGAUCCUAUUGUAAACAAGUGGCAUUACAUCCAUCUCAAGUGA